AAGUCUAUUUUCCGUGCUACCUGCCUCAUGGCAACCCGCUUUAAAGCCACAACCCCAAAGUGCGCCAGCGGAAAAGUGCCUGGCAACACGACCGCACCGUGCGCCGACUGCCUCUGGAUUAACACCUUAAUAUAGCUCCGUCAGGAUUGCACAACUCUCUCCAAAGCCACAUCAGGGAGACAUGGGAUGGGCCGCUGGCAUCAAAGAAGCCUCACAUCAUUUCAUGGCAAACUCUGAAGUGCAGAGCUGCUUGAUUUAAAUGCUUGAGUGUCGAGCUGGACAACAUCUGGCUGUAUGAUGCAUUUUACUUCCCCAUAGAUUGUAUAGUAAGUACCAAGAGCACAGCAGCCAUUACCCUUCAGUGCAGCAUCUGAAUGGAAAUAUGGACACCUUCAAUGGAGGAAUUUUGACUCAACAUGUCCAGGAACUAUGAGUAACCACAGCCCAGCUUCCUGCUGACCAUGACAACAGCCAGCGGUGUACAUCCCAAAAUGUCCUGAGCAUCACUGAAAAGCCAGUUUUAAGUAAAACCUGGUCACUCAGUAGGGAUGUUGGCUGCCGUGGAACACGGUCCCAUCCUCUGCAGCGACUCCAACAUCCUCUGCCUCUCGUGGAAAGGCCGGGUCCCCAAGAGCGAGAAGGACAAGCCGGUGUGUCGGAGACGGUACUAUGAGGAGGGCUGGCUCGCCACGGGGAACGGGAGAGGAGUUGUUGGGGUGACGUUUACAUCGUGUCACUGCAGGAGGGACAGAAGUACACCUCAGAGAAUCAAUUUUAACCUGCGAGGACACAACAGCGAGGUCGUCUUGGUGCGUUGGAAUGAGCCCUUUCAGAAGCUGGCCACCUGUGAUAUGGAAGGAGGUAUUUUUGUGUGGAUCCAGUACGAAGGACGAUGGUCUGUGGAGUUAGUGAACGACAGAGGAGCCCAGGUGAGUGACUUCACUUGGUCACAUGAUGGCACUCAAGCCCUCAUCGCGUACAGGGACGGCUUUGUGUUGGUUGGCUCGGUUAGCGGACAAAGACACUGGUCCUCGGAGAUUAACCUGGAGAGUCAAAUCACCUGUGGCAUCUGGACACCUGACGAUCAGCAGGUCUUGUUUGGUACAGCAGAUGGUCAGGUGAUAGUGAUGGACUGUCACGGACGGAUGCUCGCCCAUGUUCUGUUACACGAGUCCGACGGGAUCGUUAGCAUGUCCUGGAACUGCCCCGACUUCCUGGUCGAGGACAGUACAGAGAGUGACACAGACUCUGAUGACAAUAUUCUGCCUUUAGUGCGGAGGGUCAAGCCUUUGUUAACCGUCACCUUCUUAUCAGGAGAUAUCAGUUUAAUGAACAACUAUGAUGACCUUUCUCCGGCUAUAAUUCGCUCAGGGCUGAAAGAUGUUGAGGCCCAGUGGUGCUCCCAGGGAGAUCUGCUGGCUGUGGCCGGCAUGGAGAGACACGGGCUCUCUGCCGACUCUGCAUGUGCAUCCAUCAUGAGGAACGCCCUUGUUAAGUUCUAUAAUGUCCAAGGGGAACACAUCUACACUUUAGAAACACCUGCUCAGAGGCCCAUCACCACCAUCUGUUGGGGUCACAGAGACUCUCGGCUGUUCCUCGCCUGUGGACCGGCGCUGUACGUGGUGCGUGUGGAGCACAGGGUGGCCAGCCUCCAACUCUUAUGCCAGCAGGGCAUCGCCAGCGCCCUGCGAGAGGAGAAAGAUGUGGGAAAGCUUAACAUGCCCUCACUGCUCUGCUCUUACGUCACCACUGCUUUCAUACCCACCAUCAAGCCCCCAAUCCCUGACCCCAACAACAUCCGCGACUUUGUCAGCUAUCCCACAGCUGGGAAUGAGAGGCUCCACUGCACCAUGAAGCGAGCCGAGGACAGCCCAGAGGCAGGCGGACCCUGUUACACUCUCUACCUAGAAUAUUUAGGAGGGCUGGUGCCUAUUCUCAAGGGAAGGCGCAUCAGCAAACUGCGGCCCGAGUUUGUCAUUAUGGAUCCAAAAACAGACAGCAAAGCAGAGGAGGUCUGUGUGAAUCCCAUGAUCUCCUACACUGACAGCUGCAACUGCUCUGACUCCAGUGACAUUGAGUUGAGCGAUGAGUGGGUCGGGAAGAAGUCACCAAAGUUAUCCCGAGGAAACAGGAUGAACAUGGAAUCGAGAAAAUCUCCCAAACUCUCGCGCGCCAAUCAGGAAGGCCAACGGUCGCCACGGUUACCGACAAAGAAGCCUCCAGUUCGAUCUCCCAGUCUGACACGUCGGGAGUUUUCUAUGGAUGGGAUCACAGAGCACAACUACCUCGCUCAAGUCACGUCCAACAUUUGGGGAACAAAGUUCAAAAUUGUUGGACUUGCUUCGUUCCUCCCUGCUAAUCUUGGUGCAGUUAUCUAUAAGACCAGUUUACUUCAUCUACAACCGAGGCAGAUGACGAUCUACCUUCCAGAAGUGCGAAAGAUUUCUCAUGACUUCAUGAGCCUGCCUGUGUUCAACCCCAAUGUGUUCAGUGAGGAUGAGGACGACUUACCAGUGAUGGGGCCGUCUGGAGUGGCAGGAGACAAUCCUCCCUGUACGGUCAACAUUCCCAUUGCUCCCAUCCACAGCCCGGCUCAGGCCAUGUCCCCGACUCAGAGUAUUGGCCUGGUUCAGUCUCUUCUGGCCAAUCAGAAUAUUCAGCUUGACGUCCUGACCAACCCUACAGCCACUGCAGCAGCAGCGGCUGCAGCAGCAGCAGCUUCUGUCCCUGUCACCGAUCAUGGCCAGGAUGCAGUUGCAACACCGUACCCAGUGCCAACUAGAUACUCAAACCCUGGUCAGGUGAUCUUCAAUGGGCUGGAGAUGGGUCCUCUUCUUCCUGGUACUCUCCCACCCCCACCUCCACCUCACCAUCUCCCACCGCAGCCUCACCCGCAGCGGUCUCAUUCGCAGCAGCCUCGCCAACAACAGUCGAAACAGUCACAACAGAUGCAGACACAGCAGCAACAGAAAAUGCAUCAUCAUCAACAACAACAGCAGCAGCAGCAGCAGCAGCAGCAGCAGCAGCAGCACCACCAUCCAUCGCAAUCGCAGCAGCAGCAGCAGCAGCAGCAGCAGCAGCAGCAGCAGCAACUGCAACAGCAAUUACAGCAGCAACAUCAACAGCUACAGCAACUGCACCACCAGCAGACGCUCCAUCAACAGCAGCAACAACACCAACAACACCAGGUCCAGCAACACCAACAAAUGCAACAAACUCAACAAGUAGCGACGAGCCAACAAUUCCAUCACCAACAGCAAAUCCAACAGCAGCAGCAACAGAUGCAGCUGCAGCAUGAACAGAUGCAGCAGCAGCAGCAGCAGAUGCAGCAACAGCAACAGCAAAUCCGGCAACAGAUUCAGGAGAUGAGGCAGCAGCAGCAGCAGCUCCAGCAGCAGCACCAACAGAUCCAGCAGCAACAUCAGCAGAUGCAGAGGCAACACCAGCAGAUGCAGCAGCAGCUGAAGAUGCAGAUGUCGCUGCCUCCUCCUCCAUCUGGCUACCCGACCAUUUCCUUACAACAGCUACAUCUUCUGCCCCAAAUGCCUCCUCCUUCCACUGAGCCUGGGCUGGACAGGGGCGAGCAUGGACACACUCUGAAGCCAAGUCUGCCGCGGACUUUACCCCCGUCCUUCAAUGACACUGACGGGUCUGUGGAGAUUCAGAUGAGGAAGGUGAAUCCUCCUCCUCCAUAUCCGGGCACUGUAGUGUCUGCAGCUGCAGCAGCAGCUGCAGCUACAGCCGCCGCUACACCUCAGACUCUUGUCACGAACUGCGACAGCCCUAGUGUCCUGGCACCUGAUUCCUGUCUGAAGAAGGAUGACUUCCUGCUUCACCCUGUCACCUUACAGUACCCGACACCUUUGGGGUAUGAAAGGAUCACGACCUUUGACAGCAGUGGCAAUGUGGAGGAGGUUUGCCGGCCACGCAGGCGCCUCAUUCGCAACCAAAAUACGUACACCGUGCAUGGCAUCGGCGGCUCGGCCACACUCAAAGUCACCUCCUCUGAGAAUAAAAAAAUCCAGCUUCCGUACAGCUCGGCAACACUUAGUCGUCUCUCUGUCCCUCGAUACUCCAUACCAAGUGGAGACCCUCCUCCUUACCCUGAUCCGGCCAAUCAGGUAACUGCCACACUUCCUCCUCCCCAGAGAAUCGAUAGCAGUCUGAUCCAUGCCACUCUACGUCGUGACCGGAGGGAUGUGGGACUUAAAGUGCCACAGAUGAUGGAAAACUCAAGAACCCUUCCCACCAAGGUUAAAAUGAACAGUGCAUUAGCUCUUACCUACCAGCAGAGGGUGCCCACUGCAUUGUACACAUGCACACAGUGCAGCAGCAACAGCAGCAGCACCAGUGUCAGUGUCUCUGGAGGUGGAACCACUAGUAGUGGUAUUGCAGGUGGCACGGUGGUGAGGCAGGACUUCCCACCAGGAAAAGGUGCACAUCACAGUACAAUUAUUGUGCACUCCAAAAGUGCCUCACCCCUGGCCUCCCAGUCAUCCUACAGUCUGCUGGGUGCUGUCGACAACAGCCGGGACAGAACAGUGUAUGUUAACUCUGCCUUCACUGAAGAUGAGACUUUAAAUCAGCAGUGUCACCUUGAAAAAUCUGUACGUCAGCUGACUCUCGGCGACGUCAGUUUGACGGUUAAACGCCCUCCGCCUUACCAGUGGGACACCUCCACUACAGAGGAGUUCUGGCUCACCCCAGAGCAAACAAUGUUAGCUCCCCCACCAGGACCUCAUAAACCCCCGCCGCUCAUCAUCAGUCAAGCUCAGCACUUGGACAUGACCCGGCUUCCUUUUGUCCUCACAACUAAACCGCCAACCAGUCCGAGCACGAGCACUCUUACUUUCCCAUCAGGUUACCAGAUAUCCCUCUCACCUUUUCCUCCAGGUGUGGGUCACGGCGGACCCCCGCUUCAGACCAUACAGAACCCUCCACCGCAAUGCUCUCCAAACGAAGUGGUUGCUCCAGUCCCCUUUGCUCAGCAGGAUGCCAAUUUGGUCUUGCCACCGGGUUAUCCUCCGAACCUUGCUAACUUGGCUUGCUGCCCUCUCCCGCCGAUGUAUCCUGGAGCCAGCUCGUGUGCCGGCCUCCAGCUGCACCCUGUUAACCUUCACCCCUGGAACCCUUACCCCUGCCCACCACCACCCAUGCAGGACCCUCCAGCCCCUCCCCUCCCUACCAAAACUCAUCAGAUUUUAGAGAAGCCGAUUCUCUCCCCACCUCCCCCGACUGCACCGCCUCCACCACCCCCUCUCCCCCCUCCUCCUCCACCUACUGAGCUACCACCGUCCAAAAGUGCCACAGAGGAUCUGACAGAGUCUGCAAACAACUUUCUAGAGCCAUCAUCCCUAAAUGAAAGCCCAGUGCCACAGGAGUCAGACCGCUUCAACAAGAAGAGCCGUAAAAGGCUGGACAGCAGAGCCGAGGAGGCCAACAUGCCCAACGUCUCUGAGGGCAAAUCCAGAAAGGAAGGGCGAGCGCUCUCUGACUUCAACACGCUCAUUUCCAGCCCAAGGCUCGGCAGCAGAGAGAAGAAGAAGCCCAAGGGCCAGAGAGAGCAGCUCAAUAAAACCAAGAAGAUGAGCAGGACCACGAAUGAGUUCCAGGAUAGCUCAGAGAGUGAGCCAGAGCUGUUUAUUAGUGGCGAUGAGCUCAUGAACCAGAACCAGAGCAGUAAGAAGAGCUGGAAGAACAAGCGCAGCCUGCGUAUGGCCAGUGAGCUGGAGGAGAUUAAAUGUCGCAAGGCAAACGAAAGAGAGGACCGCAGUUUAGGCAGCCAGGGAUUUGUCUAUGUUAUGGCCAAUAAACAGCCUUUGUGGAAUGAAGCCACGCAGGUUUACCAGCUGGACUUUGGAGGGCGAGUCACCCAGGAGUCAGCAAAGAACUUUCAGAUAGAGCUGGAUGGUAGACAGGUGAUGCAGUUCGGGCGAAUAGAUGGGAACGCCUAUAUCUUGGAUUUCCAGUAUCCUUUCUCAGCAGUGCAGGCAUUUGCUGUUGCCUUGGCCAAUGUGACUCAAAGGCUGAAGUGAACAGGUUUAUUUUGCGUUGUUGUAGAAGACCAAUUCAAAAGAAGCCACAGUGGUGUUGCUGUACACCCCUCAGUGUGGGGGGUGUAUGUGGGAAACUGUGGGUGUUGUGGCGCUUCUGGUUUUUGAAGAGGAGAUUAAAUUACUACUCCGUUUUGCACAUGCAGAUAAUUUACAGCGGUCUGUUGAAGGCAAAGUCAGUUUAGGUCAGUGAUGAUGAAAACUAUAUCAGUUAAUCCAUACUUUCUAGUUCAUAUAUUAAAUGUAUUCAAGCUAAUUUUAUUCAUUAUUCAAACGUUAUUUAUUAGAAUAAAAGAAAUUCUCCGUCAGCCUUCAUUGGACAAACAAAGGUAAACUAAGUUGGAAUGUUUAAUAUUUUAAAAGCAGUUCUGAGGUUUAGUGCCAAAGAUAUCUUCCCACUCUUUAGAUGCUGACCCGUCUCAAUGUGUUACAAAUCAACAGCUAUUAAAUUUACACUUGUGCUGUUUAUAAAAAAAAAAAUAGACACGGCAAAAAUCUUGAGGUACAGCGGCAUUCAAAAUUGAAAUUAAAAUUUCACUAAGCCAUACCACAUCUGAUACAAACACUGCACUAUUUUAAUUCAGUUUUCAGUAAUUAAGUAAAUGAAGUUUAAUAUUUUAUUAUGAGUAUCAAUUAUUAUUGUUAUUGGUGUUUCAGUAAGUUCUUUGUAUCUAGUCUUCAUUCAAAUCCCAUUUUCUUUUCUGCUGAACAUGCAUUAGAAGAAUAUAUAUUGAUUGAAUAUAUUGAUUUUGUAAGUGUAACAUGAAGAGCUGAGUACAGUUAACCAUAGUUUGUAUAUUUUCUAUCCAUGUUACUUCUAUGAAGUGGUGCAAUGAACAUUAUAAAUCAUAUUCUUUCGGCCACGAUACUGCAAAUCAUUAUUCACAGCCAUUAUAAUCUUUUUUUUUUUUUUAAACACAAUUAGUUUAAAUCUCCCUUCCCCUUACAAUGGCUGAUAUUGUCAGUAAUGGUCUACAGUAAGUCUGUGUGGGCCAAAUACAGCCAAAUGUGUUUGGCUGAAAGUAAGUCAGUAGGGAAAAUAGUACAAAGUGAUCUCAUGAUGCUCUCAUCCCCAAACAGAACAAUCUGUGCGCAGUAAAGAUUGAGAUCUUCUCAGUCCGUGUCACUCUGGCUGGCUCUGUGUUGUUUCCAUUGGGUGUUUAUGAUUCUACUUGAAAACUGCAUUUGAAUGUGAAGUACAGUAGUUUGCCUCCUUGGAAAUCAGUGCUGCUUUAGAUAGAUAGAGCUUGUGUGCAGUAAUGCUACCUACAUAGAACUGAUGUUGUACUCGCAAACAAAAAUAUAACGCUGCUUGCACUGUGUAUUUAGCAAAUGACCUAACAUCAUUAUAUGCUUAAAAAAAAUGUGCGUAUAUGUUGCUAAUUUCAGUAAUUUUGUACAUCAACUUUACUUUAACAUUGUACCAAGAGUUUUUUUUUGAUGUUACACUUGUAGAAAAAAGAAUGAGAACAAUAAACUUGAAACGGUAUUAAAUACAACAUACUCAUAAAGUUGUUAAGAUUAACUGUUAGUAUUAGGAGUGAGAUUCAUGUAGAUUUGGUGCUAAUGUAAAGAAACAAAUGUGGAAAUUCAGGACAUUUGUCAUUUGUUAUUAGAGGGUUGUUUUAAAGAAAGUAUUUUGAGAGAGGCUACAGGAAAUUAAGUGCAGAGAGUUUUCAUUUACUGUAAGAGCUUUUCAUCCAGUGCAGCUUCAGAGACUUCAGCGACAGUGUGUGUCAGUUAUCAGCAAUACUGCCUAAUGAAUAGUUGAUUGCCUGAUUUUUUUUUUCUCUCUCUUAUUUUGUGAAAGAAAACAAAAGUGAUAUGACCAUAGGUUUGCAAGGACCUAUAGGCUGGACAAUAUGUAUUAAAAAAAUCUAUCGUUCCAAAGGUU